AUGAAAAAAUUAAAUAAGCAAGAGUAAAUCAUUCAAAAAAAUAUACUCUUCUUAUCUGAAAUUCAUAAAAAACUUAAACAGGUCAAAGAAAUCUACUAAAUAAAUGGUUCUAAGAUUCUAUUAAGACUUAUAUUUUUGAAUCGACUGCAUCUCCUCUAAUUGCUAAAUACCUUAAUUUAAGGUCUUCCGCUUAAGUUAAAGCCUUCAUUCACGAGUAAACAGACAAAAAUAAACCUAAGUACAUGGGAAUCAUUGAAUAAUAUUUUAUCUAAAUUAUCAGAUACAACUAAUAAGACCUUUUUCUAUAAAAACUUCAUGAAAUUCUUUUGA